AUGAGUCGGGACGAGCCCUCUCAGCAGCAGGCCAUGGCCUCUGUUUUAUUCGAUGGCUUACUCAGGGCCAACUCUGAUUCUGAUUUAAUCCGACAUAUCCACGACCCGACCGAGGUGGAAGAUGUAGUCCAGGCCAUGGGAUUCGCUCGACAACUGGGUAUUCCUCCGCCUCCCAUAAGAAAAGUUAUUGCAAAUGAACAAAAUGCAUAUUGCAUCAUGGAACGCGUUGAGGGGAUUACUCUAGAGCAGGCGUGGUUAAACCUUGGUUGGUGUUUGACCAUCAAGCUAGCUCUCCAGCUUCGUCGCUUUAUCAAAUGUCUUCGAUCAGCGACAUCCUCUAUGUACCGCCGGGUCGCUGGUGUCUGGCGAGUGCAGGUCAUUCUGGCUAGAGGAUCGUUAUGGCCUCCCACCACGAUCUAA